UAGCGGAACAGCAGUGUGUGCUGAUGGCAGGCACCAAGCUGUCAACAAUCUAGGAAAGUAAAGUCUGUGUGACCCUUCAUCGUCUGCCUCCGUCAGGUGUUGAACGUCCUUUUGGUGUAGCUGCACAAGGCUGCAGUGUUAUGGAUGAACCAUGAAGGCCCAAUUGCAAGUCACUGUGCUUUCAGCCAAGCUGAAGGAAAACAAAAAGAACUGGUUUGGUCCAAGUCCAUAUGUGGAGGUCGCUGUGGACGGCCAGUCAAAGAGAACUGAGAAAUGCAACAACACGCACAGUCCCAAAUGGAAGCAGGCUGUCACUGUGAUCGUGACUCCUGUCAGCAAGCUGAUCUUUCGUGUUUGGAGCCACCAGACGCUCAAGGCAGACAUCCUACUGGGAAUGGCCACACUGGAGCUCAGUGAGACCCUUAAGGCUAAUGACCUGAAAUUGUGUGAGGUGGUGCAGACACUGCAGCUGUCUUCUGACAGAGACUCGCGGGACAUUGUAGGUGACCUGUCAGUCUGCCUGGAUGGCCUGCAGGUGGACCCAGAAACCUUUGCUGCGGCAGAGAGAAAACAGGCUUCUGUUCCAAAUGGAAAGGCAACACAAAAUGGAGACAAUGACAUAAGGGCCAGCAGAGACAUGUCUCCCUCCAGUGACUCAGAUGAAUGGGUCAUUGUACCUAAUGGUCACACUGUGAAUGGUACAGGUUCUCCUUCCCAUUCUCCAGGGGGCUCUACUGCUUCACGUCCUCCCCGACCUGCCCGCCCUCCACCUCCUACACCCCGCAGACCUGCAGCCUCACCAACUUCUUCCAGCAGUUCUUCUCCCAGUGAGCUGAGUGAAGGCCCACCCACAGAUGGCUCCUCUCAGGCAUCCGCAAGCGGGUGUUCAGAUCAGCAGGAUGACGCCGGUGCAGGAGCAGCAACAGCAACAGCAACAGCAACAGCAACAGCGAGUUCCUCACAGACAACAAGUGGCCCCAAACCAGCGGCUUCUGCUUCAGCUGCUCCGACCACUGUAGCUCCUCGAAUCACACCCAUGAGCAACGGUCCCUUGCCACCAGGGUGGGAGCAAAGGGUAGACCAGAAUGGACGCAUGUACUAUGUGGAUCACAUUGAGAAAAGAACAACCUGGGAGAGGCCUGACCCUCUGCCUACAGGGUGGGAGCGCAGGGUGGACCCAAUGGGUAGGGUGUACUAUGUCGACCACAUGACCCGAACUACUACAUGGCAACGCCCCACGCAGGAGUCAGUGCGUAACUAUGAGGAGUGGCAGCACCAGCGCAGCCAGUUGCAGGGAGCAAUGCAGCAGUUCAACCAGAGGUUCAUUUAUGGGCUUCAAGACCAGCUCGCAGCGACAGCCAAUAAAGAGUUUGACCCGCUGGGACCUUUGCCGCAUGGUUGGGAGAAGAGAACAGACACCAAUGGCAGAGUGUAUUUUGUUCAUCACCCGACUCGAACGACACAGUGGGAAGACCCCAGGACACAAGGGUUGCUGAAUGACAAACCUCUGCCAGAAGGCUGGGAGAUGAGGUUCACAGUGGAUGGCAUUCCCUACUUUGUAGACCACAACAGGCGAACCACAACCUACAUCGACCCACGCACAGGGAAAUCCUCACUUGAGAAUGGGCCACAGAUAACCUAUGUCAGGGACUUCAAAGCCAAAGUGCAAUACUUCAGGUUCUGGUGUCAACAAUUGUCAAUGCCUCAGCACAUUAAGAUUACCGUCACCAGGAAAACCUUGUUUGAGGAUUCAUUCCAACAGAUCAUGAGCUUCCACCCUCAAGAUCUGAGGCGGAGACUGUGGAUCAUUUUUCCUGGAGAGGAAGGUUUGGACUACGGAGGUGUGGCUAGGGAAUGGUUCUUCCUGCUUUCUCAUGAGGUACUGAACCCCAUGUACUGUUUAUUUGAGUAUGCUGGCAAGGACAACUACUGCUUGCAGAUCAACCCCGCCUCCUACAUCAACCCUGAUCACCUCAAGUACUUCAAGUUCAUUGGGCGCUUCAUUGCCAUGGCUUUGUUCCACGGCAAAUUCAUCGACACAGGUUUCUCCCUGCCCUUCUACAAGCGUAUCCUGAAUAAACCUCUGGCUCUCAAAGAUCUGGAGUCCAUAGAUCCAGAAUUUUACAACUCUCUCAUCUGGAUCAAGGACAAUAACAUAGUGGAGUGCGGUCUGGAGAUGUUUUUCUCAGUUGACAAGGAGAUCUUGGGUGAGGUCACCACCCACGAGCUGAAACCAGACGGAGGAAACAUUCAAGUAACUGAGGAAAACAAGGAGGAAUACAUCAGGUUAGUGGCAGAGUGGAGGCUGUCCAGAGGAGUGGAGGAGCAGACUCAGGCGUUCUUUGAGGGCUUCAAUGAAGUUCUGCCCCAGCAAUAUCUUCAGUACUUUGAUGCUAAGGAAUUAGAGGUGAUGCUGUGCGGGAUGCAAGAGAUAGAUCUGGUUGACUGGCAGAGGAACACCAUCUACAGACAUUACGCCCGCAGUAGCAAGCAGAUCCUGUGGUUCUGGCAGUUUGUAAAGGAGAUGGACAACGAGAAGAGGAUGAGACUGCUGCAGUUUGUCACAGGAACUUGUCGUCUUCCUGUGGGUGGCUUCACUGAUCUGAUGGGAAGCAACGGGCCCCAAAAGUUCUGCAUCGAGAAAGUGGGCAAAGAGAACUGGCUUCCACGAAGCCACACAUGCUUUAAUCGUCUGGACCUCCCUCCUUACAAGAGCUAUGAGCAGCUGAAGGAGAAACUCAUGUUCGCCAUAGAAGAGACGGAGGGCUUUGGGCAGGAGUAACAAGAGCAGGAGCGACAGGAUGGGAGGAACGAACCAUAUCCAUGUCAGACAAGAGUGCUUUACAACAGAUUCUCUCUGCAGCCAGGAGCUGCCUAUGAACUGGUAGAUGGACGUACACAUUUUUAUUUUCUGACACAUAUUCAUAUGCAGUAACAGCUGUUCCUGAGCUGUUUUGUCAUAAAUUUAAUUUCUCUCGCAAGAGACCUGUGAAUCCUCUUCACCCUGUCACUUCUCACGUAUAUGAUCAGUUCCGCCCUAAUCCAUCUUAUCUCACCCCGCUCAGCCCACUAUCAGGCAAUGAAGACAGAAGACGCUCCUUUCUCACCAUGUCAUGUCUGCACUCGCUGUACAUUGUGCAAGUGCAGUUUCUACAUGUAUUCAUGUGAAUUUCUGCAGAAAAUAUUUCUUAAGAGCCUCCUCGUCAGGCAUAUGCACUAGAAUAAUAAUUUCAGAGCAGACCAUGUUUGUGCAUUUUGACUUAAAUUAAAAAGUUCAUAUCUAAAAGAAAUGAUAAAAGGCACAUACAUGGCUUUGACUUUGUCGGACUCAACUUUUUUUUUCUUGAAAGGACGAAUGAAUGGAUUUUUUUUUCUUUUUUUUCUCAGUAAGCUGACUGAUUGGACUGACUAGAAUCCCGUAGCACAUACACAUUUUCUUUAAUAACUUUGAUAAGUGUAAUCAUGCUAAUCGUAAUAAUAAUUUCACUUAUUUUGAAAGGUUGAUGAAUUAACUUUAUAAUGAGUUCAAACUUUUAACUAGUUUGCACAUGUGAGCAGUAAGACAGUUGUGAUUGUUCUUGAGAGAAGUUGUAUUUUUAUGUGCAAUAGUUUUGUAGAAAACAUUUUUGCCAAUAAUAGAACCAAACAAUGGUUUGUUUGAUCAUUUUCUAAGAAUUUGGUAAGUUUCAACAUUUACUAUUGAUUUAAUUCUUCAAUAUGAAGUAGAGGACAUUUGCAUAUUAGCAGGUGUCAUUUGGUGAAACUGGUUUGGGCGUGAUUUCAUUUGAAAAACCUUGGCUUCCCAAAAUGCUGUGUGUGCUAUAUGUAAUAUAAGCUUAAUUGACCGUGGAUGGUCACUCCCUUCUUCAGAAAGGGUGACGCAAAGUAUGAAGGAUUUUCUUGAGGAGUAAUAGUCGUUACUAAUGAAGUGGGAGCAUCAGAAUAUAUUGCAUAAUAGAAAUAAAAAUUGUAUAAUAAUUACCUAUUCCCACUGAAUGGUAGCCAAUUCUCUGCUAGAUGUCCAGAGUUAAGUAUUAUCCUAGAUCAAUAAGAUGCUGAAUCUUAACUGUUAAAUGUGUUAAGUGACUAAUGCAGUUUAUGUAAAUACUUACAAAGUAGAAACAUGUGUUUAAUAUCUUAAUACAUAUAAUUCACCCAGGACCCAUUUUAGUUGCAGGAAUAAGUUGAGAUUUCAGAUUUGAAGUGAAGUAAUAGCAAGUGGCCCUAGUUUUAUAGGGUACUAGAUAUUCAGAUUUGUACAGAUAUAGUGUAAUUCAUGUAAGCUCUGCUAACAUCAAAUUAGUUUAGUUUUAGUAUCAGGUGGAGUCUCACUUUAAAUGACUAUGGAAUCAGUCUACAGUACCAAAGUAUAUUUUUUUAAACCAUUUGACUCAAAAAGGACACAGCCACCAAAAAUAAUUAUUUACUUACCUUUAAAUUAUUACAAAUUGGUCACUAGUCAGGUGAACUAUAUUUUACUCAUUAUAAUCCAAAUGAAAACUAAAAUCUAAACAUAGAAAUCCAAAAUCUGCCAUCACCCAAAUUCAUCAAAGCGUUAAAUAUAAAAUAUAUUUUUCUAUUGGUUAGAAAACAGGACUGACUGGGUUAUUUACAGCAGUUUUAAGGAAGCCUGUUCUUAACCUUUCUCAGAUUGUAUUCACUCUUUGUCACUGUGGAUUUGAAAUGUUGUUUAACAGGCCUGUUGGUAACAUGGAUUUGUAUUUGUAUCCAGUAAUAACUUCAACUGUCUAAACAUAGAGCUGUGGAGUACGUUUACUGGCAACAUGGUGUAAAUUUCUUGGCAUAAUUGCAGUGUUUGUGUUCUUCUUAAUAGCUAAAAAAAAAAAAAAUCAUAAUAAUUUGAGAAAGGUCCCAGUAAAAUGCAAAAGGAUGUAUCCUCAAAUUUUGCCUUAUAUUCUCACUUGAUACUCAAUAUUAAUAUCUAUGUUUUUCAGUUUUCUCCCAGUUUCCUUUCAUCUCUGGCAGUGAUUCAGUACAUACACACCUACAAGGUUUUGUCUCUGUGAGUAGCUGCUGUUGUGGACAUUUUUGCAGAGAUUGUUAUAAAGAAAAGUGAACAGUUUACAAAUGAUACGUGGAUGACUUAAUGAUAGCACCUUGUCACUCCGAAAUGGCCGAUUUAACCACUUCACUGUUUAAUCACUGCUGCGUUCCAGAUCAUGGAGCAGUUAGAUGUAUAGAAAUAUGCAAAGUAGUGUUUUAGAUGUACUGAUUGCAUUGUAAAUCAUGUUGAUAGUGUAAUCACUGUUUUUUGAAGCUCUAACUUUUUUGAUAACUGGAAGUCAAUGAUUGAAUACUAUUUAUUAGUAGGAUGGGUUUCAUGUAACAAUUGACUGGAUUGAUUGAGAGAAAACAGUAAUAAAAUGAUUCAAACACUGGG